AUGGCACCUACCAAAAAGCGCUCGCGCGCAACGUCCGACGACGAGCUUGGCUCUGACGACGCCUUCUCCCUUGCCUCGGUCGCCAACUCCGACUCUGAGAUCGACAUUUCCUCCGCCUUGACUGGUCGCACAACUAAAAAGCGCAAACUCGGCUCUGGGCCUCUUGCACCUGAAUCCGACGGAGACGGUGAUGGCGAUGAUGCUAUUGAGGAGCUGAUCAGGGAGAGUAUUGCGAAGAGGAACACCAAAGAGGGCGCCGAGGUCGUUAAGAAUGCCAAGGGUGGGAAGGGGAAGAAUAGAUUGGCGAAAGGAGAGGUUGGAGGAGGGAGCUUCCAGAGCAUGGGGUUAUAUCCCUGGCUAUUGCGACAAUUGACCCUCCAAGGCUUCCGUACGCCAACGCCAAUCCAACGCCUCUCGAUCCCUCUACUCCUCCAAUCACCUCCACGCGACCUCGUAGGAAUGGCCCGUACCGGAUCCGGCAAAUCCCUUGCCUUCCUCAUCCCAUUGAUACAACGCUUAGGCGGCCGACACUCGGCUACAUUCGGCGCUCGCGCUUUGAUUCUGUUGCCAACGCGUGAACUCGCGCUGCAGAUCAUGAAAGUCGGGAAGGAGCUGGCACGUGGCUGGAGAGAGGGCGAGGGCGGACAUGCGGGUGAUAGGGAGGGCGACGAAGGCGAGAGCAGCAAGCGGAGUCAGGGUCUGCGAUGGGGUCUGGUCGUUGGAGGCGAGAGUCUGGACGAGCAGUUUGAGAUGAUCUCAAGCAACCCGGAUGUCAUCAUCGCCACACCCGGCCGUCUCCUCCACCUGGCAGUCGAAAUGAACCUCGACCUCAAAUCCGUCCAAUACGUCGUCUUCGACGAAGCAGACAGGCUCUUCGAAAUGGGUUUCGAAACAGCCCUGACCGAAAUUGUUCACCGUCUCCCCGCCGGCCGUCAAACGCUCCUCUUCUCCGCGACACUGCCCAAAUCCCUAGUUGAGUUCGCCCGCGCAGGUCUCGAGAACCCGCGUUUAGUGCGGUUGGACGCGGAUUCGAAGUUGAGCGCCGAUCUCAGGAUGGCGUUCUUCUCCAUCAAACAAGACGAGAAAGACGCGGCGUUGCUUUCACUCCUACGCGACGUGAUCGGCGUACCCCAAGGCAUCCCCGGACAGUCUACCUCAAAAUCCACCGACUCGGACGACGAAGACGACGAUGAAAGCCACAAGAAGAAAAAGGGCAAACGCCGAGCGCACCCGCCCCGCGAACACGCUGCGCUCCCACACCAGACUCUUCUCUUCGCAGCGACGAAACACCACGUCGAGUACCUCACCGCGCUCCUCACGGCCGCGGGCAUGUCCGUCGCGCACAUCUACGGUUCGCUGGACCAAGUCGCGCGUUCGUCUCAGAUGUCCAAGUUCAGGAAAGGACUUGCAGACGUGUUAGUCGUGACGGACGUCGCGGCGCGCGGUAUCGAUAUUCCGGUCCUCGCGAAUGUCGUGAACUACGAUUUCCCGAGCGGCGCCAGGGUCUUCGUUCAUCGUGUCGGUCGUACCGCGCGUGCAGGAAGGGCAGGAUGGGCAUGGAGCUUCGUCACGGUACCCGAACUUCCACAUCUCCUGGACUUGCAACUCUUCCUCGGCCGUCCUUUACGCGCCACACUUCCGCCCGGAGGCGAAACGGACGAGAGCGUGUUCGCGUCCAACCUCAUCCUCGGUCCCUUCCCGCGUACACAGCUGGACGAAGACACCGAACACGUCCGCGCGCUGGACGCUUCGUCCACCAACCUCCCCGCACUACGAAGCGUAAUGAGAAAGGGUCAAACGAUGUACGAGCGCUCGCGCGGCCGCGCCUCGCAAGCCUCCUACAAACGGACCAAAGACAUGACGCGCGACCCGCAAAAGUGGGGGUUAGCUGGCAACGGCGUCGGCGGCAGUACGGGCGUGCAUCCGGUGUUGUUGGUCAAGGGCAAGAGGAGGGAAGAGUUGAAGAGGGAUGUGGAGGUCGAGGAGGCGAAGAAAGGUCUGCUGGCUGCUGUGGGCGCGUUCAGGCCCAGUGAGACGGUGCUUGAGGUGGGCGCUAAGGCCAAGGCGUUGAAUGCGGAUCUUAUGAGGGCGAGGAGAGGGGCGUUGGAGAAAGCCAGAGCUCGCGCGGUUGUGGCGCCCGCUGCCGCAGAUGCCAGCUCAGACGAAGACGACGAGGAAGGUGAAGAAGGCGAGACGGCACACGUAGACGGCGGCGACUCAGACGCAGAGAUGGCCUCCGAAACCGAGCUCGCGACCGUCUUCGACACCGGCUCCUCCAAAUCGCACAAAUACCGCGACGCCAACUUCUACAUGGGCUACUCCCAAGCAUCCGCCCACACCGACAAAGGCUACUCCCUUCGCGACGGCGCCUCAUUCGUCGAGCAAGCCGCACACGCCUCAUUCGAUCUCGCAGGAGACGAAGGCGUCGCAUCCCAACGCCGCGCCGCGUUAGCGUGGGACAAAAAGAAGAAGAAAUUCGUCGCGGGCGGCGGAGCGGGCGCGGAUAACGUUAAGCUUGUGAAGACGGAGAGUGGGGUGAAGUUGCCGGCUAGUUAUAGGAGUGGACGGUACGAUGAGUGGAGGAAGGCUAGGAAGGUGGGCGUUCCGAGGGUGGGCGAGCAGGAGGGGGAGAAUGCGAGGAGUUUCAGUGGAGGGAAGAAGUGGAGGCAUAACUUGGAGAAGGAGGGCAGGCCGUUGGAUAAGAGGGAUAUCGACUAUGAACGGAGGAGCAGACAGAUGGGCAAGAGGAGGGAGGCGCAGGAGGGUGCGGGUGCGGAAGAGGAGCGUGGUGCGAAGGGCAAGGGCAAGCCUUAUGGCGCGAAGGGCGCGCAAGGCAAGGGUGGUAAACCCGGUCUUGCGAGACGCGGCGGCAAGCCUGCUGGUCGCGUCAAGAGCGAGCUCAAGUCGGCGGAGCAGAUCAGAAGGGAUCGCGCGUUGGCAGAGAAGAAGAGGGCGAAGAACGCGCGUGCGCCGAAGAGGGGCGGGAAGGGUGGCAGGGGCAGGCGAUAG